GAGAAGGCAAAGGCAAAGCACCAACCCCUCAAGAGACACAUCCUUCAGCUCAUCCUUGCCUCUUGCGUUCUCUUCUCCGUAGCUUGCAGAUAAGUAAGCUUGUCCGUUGUGCGGAGAGGGGAGGCGGAUAGGUACAUACACAUGGAAGGGUUGCAGAGAUCGUCCUCCACUUUCAGAAGGUCCGGCUCGUCGGGCCUGGUGUGGGACGAGCGGUUCCUGACCGAGGGCGCCGAGGCGAAGGCCGCCGGCGAGGGCGGCACGGAUGAAGCCCAGCCGGAGAUGCGGCGCUCCCGGAGCACCGGCGGCGUCGGGAUGAUGCUGCGCCGUGGCGGCGACGACAAGAAGCAGCAGCAGCAGAAAAAGGAGCAGCAAGGCCAGAAGAAGAAGGACGAGGAGCGCGAUCCCCAGGUGUUCCGGACCAAGGAGGUGGCCCCGGACGUGGACCCGCCGUCGCCGAGGGUGUCCGGCUGCAUCCUCUGCGCCAUCUUCGGGGGCUCCGGCUCCGGCUCUGGCCCGGCGGCGCGCCGAGGCCGCGCCAAGCCGAAGAGGAGGCAACGGUCGGCGGCGUAAAGUUUGAUCGGGCCUUGGCGGAUGGAUGUCAUGCGAGCUGUGUUUAUACUGGAGUGACGAUGAUGAUGAUAUACUACUGAUAUUGGUUGGUUUGUAUUGUACUCUGCUCUGCGUUACUGCGUACGUAGUCUAUACGUGUCAGGUUAGUUCCUCUUUUUUUGGUUAGUUUCUGGGUUCAGAUCCGUGAGCAGCAGCAGCUGCUGAGAUCUGCGAUGUUCUUUCUUGAUCUGGCGCAUGAUUUUUUCCCCGUCC